AUGGCCUCGCUCUUCUCGCCUUUCCGCAACACAUACCGAUAUCUCCAAUAUGCGGCACACGAGCACCCAGUGGUCUUCUUCUCGAUCCUCAUCGGCUCGGUUGGACCCGUGGCGGUGGUGACGGUACCACCCAUUCGCAAAGCAUACGGCUGGAAGCCUGCCGAGAAGGUGCCCACAUCCUACCCUCUUCCGGCUCGCGCACGAGAAGAGAUCUCGGCAUACGGCGACGACGAGUAG